AUGGGUUCAACAACGGACUUUCCCCGCAUUAAGGAAGUCCGCACCUUCAUCAUUGAUGGUGUGGGCUCUGGCGGUGAUUACCACAAUGUCAAGGGAGGCCACUGGCUGGUCGACAGCAACAUCGCUACCCCUAUGAGCAAGUGGGCACAAUUCCGUGGUUCGCGAACAUCAUGGGGAAUCAAUGUUUUAGGAUCUUUCUGUGUGGAGAUUGAGGCCACUGAUGGAACCAAGGGCUUUGCAACUGGUUUCGGAGGCCCGCCUGCAUGCUGGCUGACCCAGCAACAUUUUAACCGCUUCCUGGUUGGCGCGGACCCCCGCGACACCAACGACCUCUUUGAGAAGAUGUACCGCGCCUCGAUGUUCUACGGCCGCAAGGGUCUGCCCGUCGCCGUGAUUUCGGUCAUUGACCUGGCUCUGUGGGAUUUGCAGGGCAAGAUCCGCAAAGAGCCCGUCUACAAGCUGAUCGGGGGUGCUACUCGAACCCGAUUGGACUUCUACUGCACCGGUCCCCAGCCUGGCUCCGCAAAGGCUGCCGGCUUCAUCGGCGCCAAGGUGGCAUUGCCACACGGUCCUGACGAGGGUACUGAGGGCCUUUUGAAGAACGUUGAAUACCUGCGUCAGCAGCGCGAGAAAGUUGGUGCCGACUUCCCACUCCGCGUGGACUGCUACAUGUCCUUGAACGUCCCCUACACAAUCCAGCUAGUCAAGCGCUGCGAGGCUAUUGGACUCGAUAUUGACUGGUGGGAGGAGUGCCUUUCACCCGAUGACUUCGACGGCCACGCGCUCCUCAAGCGUGCCCACCCCACUGUCAAGUUUACCACCGGCGAGCACGAGUACUCCCGCUACGGCUUCCGCAAGCUGAUUGAGGGCCGCAACGUUGACAUCCUCCAGCCCGAUGUGAUGUGGGUUGGUGGAAUGACCGAGCUGCUGAAGGUCGCUGCCAUGGCUGCUGCUUACGAUCUUCCUGUUGUGCCCCACGCAUCCGGUCCCUACUCGUACCACUUUGUCGUCUCCCAGUCCAACAGUCCCUUCCAGGAGUACCUUGCCAACUCUGCCGAUGGCCACACUGUCGAGCCUGUGUUUGGUAACCUUUUCUUGAACGAGCCCAUUCCUACUAAGGGAUAUCUUGACGUCUCGAUCUUGGACAAGCCUGGGUUUGGUCUGGAGCUCAAUCCUGCUGCUCCCCUGAUCCCUGCUGCCGCUAUCCUUACGCCAGCGCCUCAGAAGUCCCUACGCGCACCCGACAACGAGGAGUUGGCCAAUGGCUCUGCGUAA